AUGCUGAGGGCGGUGGCGUUCAUCGUCUUCCUCCUCUCCGUCACCGGGCACUACGGGUGUUCGCAGAGCUACAACGCGAUCUACAGCUUCGGGGACUCCAUCGCCGACACCGGCAACCUCUGCACGGACCCCGGCGGCUGCCCGUCGUUGCUCACCACUGGGCAGCCACCCUACGGCAACACCCACUUCGGGCACCCCACCGGCCCGCGUCAUCCUCGACUUCCUAGGUUUGUGUGCACUGAUCACUUUGGCUUGCCGCUUCUUCCGCCGUCCAAGGCGAUCGGCGCCGGCGACGUCAAGAAGGGCGCGAACAUGGCCAUCAUCGGCGCCACCACCAUGGACUUCGAAUUCUUCAAGAAGCACGGCCUCGGCAACAACAUUUGGAACAACGGCCCCUUGGGUACCCAGAUCCAGUGGUUCCAGCAGCUCAUGCCCUCCAUCUGCGGCACCGAUUGCCAGAGCUACUUCAACAAUUCCCUGUUCGUCGUCGGCGAGUUCGGGGGCAACGACUACAACGCGCCGCUCUUCGGCGGCAAGGCCAUGGCCGAGGUCAGAAGCUACGUGCCCGAGAUCGUCGACCGGAUCGCAAGCGGCGUGGAGACGCUGAUCGGGAUGGGCGCGGUGGACGUGGUGGUGCCGGGGGUGCUGCCGAUCGGGUGCUUCCCGCUGUACCUGACGCUGUACCCGAGCUCGAGCAAGGACGACUACGACGAGAUCGGCUGCCUCAAGAGCUACAACAACCUGUCCAGCUACCACAACGAGCUGCUGAGGCAGGCGGUGUCCGGCCUGCAGAGCAAGCACGCCGGCGUCCGGCUCAUGUACGCCGACUUCUACGCGCAGGUCGCAGACAUGGUCCGGUCACCGGAGACCUUCGGGCUGAAAUACGGGCUGAAGGUGUGCUGCGGCGCCGGCGGGCAGGGCUCCUACAACUACAACAACAAUGCGCGGUGCGGAAUGUCCGGGUCGAGCGCGUGCGGCGACCCGGAGAAGUACCUGGUGUGGGACGGCAUCCAUCUCACGGAAGCCGCCUACCGUUCCAUCGCGGAUGGGUGGCUCAAGGGCACCUACUGCAGCCCCGGCAUCCUGCGUUGA